AUGUGGGCAGUAACGCAGGACGUGUCCUCUGCGGCAUUAGCCAACAUCAAAGAAUCCAAUCAUGGAAAUCAUGCUCAGGCUCGCUCUGGCUACCACAUUUCGACCCUUGACCGGCUUCCCGAUAAAAUAUUGCUAAAAAUAUUUUCCUAUUUGCCUCAUCGCGAAAUUGGGCGCCUGUCGCGGGUAUGCCGAAAAUGGCGGAUGAUCUCGUGCGAUUCUCGGUUGUGGACACAUGUCUCGUUGAGACCAGAAGUUUCAGGUCUUCACGUUACAAGUUUAGAGACUCUUCUAGCACUCAUUACAAUGCGUUUCGGGCCUUCUCUUCGGUACAUUGAGCUGCCCAUUGAGCUGAUCACCCAUACGGUGCUGCACGAAUUAGCCAACAAGUGUCCCAAUUUGACCAACAUGUUACUCGAUUUCUCCACGGCUAUGCAGUUGCAUGACUUUAAUGACUUGCACUCAUUUCCUACAAAGCUGCGGACCAUGUGCAUUUGCCUGUCAGAGGUCAUCUUCAUGGAGGGCUUUAUGCGAAAGAUCUACAACUUUAUCAAUGGCCUAGAGGUUUUGCAUUUAAUUGGCACGUACGAAAAAGCAGUCGAAGACGAGGAGGAGGAAAUCUACGAAGUGGUCAAUAUUCACAAGCUGAAAAGUGCUGUUCCAAACUUGCGCGUCGUAAACUUGUUCGGAAUUAACUUUGUCGACGACAGCCACGUCGAAUCACUCAGCAGCAAUUGCAUUCAACUGGAGUGUUUGGCUUUGAACUUUUGCUCCAAGUUCACUGGCAGUGUCCUCAGAACACUCUUUGGCCGAUGCAAACGGUUGCGAUGCCUGAUGAUGCAGCAUACUGGUCUUCACAAUGAGCACAUGAUGGCUGUUGAGUGGGAGAAAACAUCUCUCCUCGAGUUGGACAUUACCGCCACUGAGCUCUCCACAGAAUGUCUGAUCAAUGUGCUCUACCGAAUCCCCUCUUUACGCUACCUCAGUGCCGGUCAGCUUGACUGCUUCACCGAUGUAGUGCUCAAAGAGUACAUGGAAAACGGCAACCCCAAGUCUCUCAUUGCAAUCGACCUGGACCGAAAUGAGAACCUGUCAGAAGACAUUUUGCUGCGUUUCCUUAAAAUGCAAGCGCCCAUGUUGAGAGGACUUCAGCUCUCGGGUAUUCCUCACUUGACCGAAACCUUUUGGACUACUGUGCUUCCUUCUCUUCGCAACAUUAAAAUCUUGGUCAUUGGAAUGCCGGAAGGCUGUUGCCAGAAAAUUCACCAGAAAAUACAUAUUGACUCUCUGAUUGAUUCAAUUGCCAACAACUGUCCAAACAUUGAGCGGAUCGAAAUUAGGUGGGAUCCAGAAACGCUGCGGUUUUCAGAUCGAAGCAACAAAGCAAUUGACGCUGCUCGGAUGAAGUGUCUUCGUUUGCGAUGCCUAUGUCUGAGUGAUGGCAAAUACUUUGAAAUGGUGAAGAGUAACUUUGAGCGCGCCGAUCGCGCCACUGUGGUUCGCUCAACUACCAACUGCCGAGUUAGCAUGGUUUACCUGAUACACAACUACAAGGACCUUAUUUUCAAUUAA